UCUCCCACAUCCAACCCGAAUAGCUGCAGAUGCCCGCAUCCAAGCAUCUCUCUCUGUCUCUCUGUACCAGGUCUGCAUGGAUAAGCUGACAUCUAUUUUUGGAUUUCAUACUGGCUGAUUUUUCUCCUCCCAUCUUUGUUGCUGUUGUUAAUUUAGCCUUUUAGAUCAAUACCUGUUGUUGUAUUUAUUUUUUUUUAUCUGGGGAGGUUCAAACGAGCUGUGCGCAUCGUAGCGGGACAUCAACAGCCACGACCGUCAAUGGAAGACAUUUUUCCUCUCGCUCCAAGCGAAGGAGUGAAGCUAUUUUUCACCGCUGUUCUGCAUCUGUCUGCCAAUCGACAGGUGAGGGACUCCUGAAUGAAGAUUUAAAAAAAAAAGCAGAAACCCCACCCGGGAGAAAAAGCUCUCGGUCUGUGACGCUUUGUGGGGGGUUAUAUAGGGUAUUAUCCAGGACUGAACCAUUUUCACGCCCUGGAUCUGAAGAGCAGGCGGUUCCUGGCGCUGUGGAUACCGAGGCUGGACGGCGUCUUUCCAGUUUGCCCAGCAGCCAGGGGGUGGUCAGGGUGGGAUUCAUGGAUUCCUCAAGAACAGAGGAUUAAUUAGAAGGUUCAGUUGCCUCCAGACUUUGGUCCUCUAAAAGCUCUCUGUCUUAACCAGUCAAAGAGUUUUACCCGUGCUACUUCAUUCCCCACCCCGUCCUCCUGCUGACCCUCACCAGACAUCAUGGGGACCGUGUUGUCGCUCUCUCCAAGUUACCGUAAAGCUGCACUGUUUGAGGAUGGCCCGGCCACGGUGGGCCACUACACGGCUGUUCAGAACAGCAAGAACGCCAAGGAUGCUGCAGCAGCAGCAGCCAAGUCCCUCAAACGCCCCUCCAUCAUUAGUGCUUUGCCAUGGAAACGCAUCGUGGCUGCGUCGGCAAAAAGGAAAGGUUCCAAGAAGCUCCAGUCAGAAGCUGGAGACGGCAAAGGGAGUCCCCUGGAUGGCCAUGGAGCCACCAUCACCAACUCGGCCUCCAACAGCCUCAAGCUGAAGAAGUCUCAGUCCUGUGCAAAUCUCUCGUCCUUCUCGUCCAGCCAGGACCCCUCAGCUACCACCACCACUACCUCCUCCCACCUGCCAAACUCCAAGACCCUGGCAAACGUAGCUACUGUCAUUGCCAAAAAGAAUUCCCUCACAGGACCAGGAAUCCAGCCCUCCACUGCUGCCGGCACACCAAAACGUGUCAUCGUCCAGGCCUCCACCAGUGAACUGAUGCGCAGCCUGGGCGAGUUCCUGUGCCGUCGGUGUUACAGACUGAAGCGUUUGUCCCCGACGGAUCCGGUGCUGUGGCUGCGCAGCGUGGACCGCUCCCUCCUCCUGCAGGGCUGGCAGGAUCAGGGCUUCAUCACUCCGGCCAACGUAGUCUUCCUGUACAUGCUGUGCCGGGACGUGGUCUCGGCCGAGGUUGCGUCGGAGCGCGAGCUGCAGGCCUCGCUGCUCACCUGCCUCUACCUGUCAUACUCCUACAUGGGCAACGAGAUCUCCUAUCCCUUGAAACCCUUCCUGGUUGAAGCGGAGAAGGAAGCCUUCUGGGACCGCUGCCUUGAGAUCAUCAACCGCAUGAGUGGCAAGAUGCUGCAGAUCAACACUGACCCACACUUCUUCACCCAGGUGUUCGCUGACCUGAAGAACGAAAGCAAGAAAGAGGAGGAGAAAACUAAACUCCUCAUAGGCCUUGACCGAUAAGAGGGAGCUGGGAGGGGGUAAGGAAGGAUGGAAGGAUAGAAAGUGAACAGGCUGCAGUCAGGAGGACUAAUGUAAAGCAGUGUAGCACUACCUUGGAGCAGUACUAUUGUCUGGCGUCUCUACUGGUUUAUGAUUAACCAAAUUUCCUUUUCAUAGCCCAGAGGUAAGAACUUCUGCUAUUUAAAACAACAUUUAAAUCAAAUGAGGUGGGUAAUGAAGCAAUUAAACACAAACAGGUAAAUGAUCUGCAGUGUCUCGCCUGGAGGCAGCAGUUGGCUCAUGGGGCGGCUUUACCACAACAAAGCUGAUAAAAUCAGGCUGGCUGCUUCCCACACCAUCAACCACAUAAGCCGCCAAGACCUGCUCUGAUAAGAAUCCCAAGACUGACAGGCUGCUCAUUGGUAUUCAACAUCUAGUUUGCUUUGGUCAGAAAGAUGAGUUUUAAAGCCAUGAUACAAUUACGUUUAUCUGUAGCCUGGCCUGCAGAAUUCUUGUUGUGACAUUUACAGGCUGAGAGUUAGAGAAAUCAGCCAUGUUAAUCUUCGGCCUCAGGCAGAAAGACAUGCAUCAGGCUGACCUGUACCUUGUUCUAGUGAGAUAAGGAAUACAAUCUGAAGUCCCAGUUACACUGGGCAAGAGACGCCAGACACACACACACACACACACACACACACAAAGUCGGAUAUUCACAUAGAGUACAAGCCAAAAGUUUGAACAGAUUUUGCAAUUUAUGUCAAAUUAAUGAGACUUUUGACCAGUACUCUACAUAUACAUGCAUUUGCAUGAAGUCACACUUUUUACUUUCUUGCACAUAACCACCAACUUUCCAACAUUUUAUUAUUAAAGUCCUGCCCAAGCUUAGUGCUCCCAUAUAAGGAGCAUCUUUGCUGAAAUCAGCAGAGGAUUUACAAACACUUAGCCUGCAAUCUGGUUUAAUUGUACUGUAGUGGUUUAAACCAUCCACACAUUAUGUAAAGUACUGUAUAUUUAAAGAAACUUUUGGGUUCAACUCCUCCAGGGUUUGGGAGACCAGUUAUAGAUCCUGAAGGGUAAAAGUGUGAAAUGUUGGCACAGAUCAAGCAGGCCCUCCAUUGAGAUGUUUACAUUUACGAAAAUGUGGGAAAAAUGCAAUACUGACCUCUCCAGGGCACAUUUUACAUGGGGAUGGUUUUUAUGUUCUUACCCAGCACUUUUACUCCACACGCCAAACUGGUGCUGACCAAUGGAGAAAGGAA